AAUAAAUUUUGCGUGUCGGACGGACAUAUUCGCCUGGGCGCGAAAAAUCCUUUGGCGUCCAGGUCGGUUCAAGUCGUGGAUUUACGCGGACGGAGCAAUUCGCAGAGGAAAAAGAGGAGGAGGAGGUAGUGGCGGAGGAGCAAACGAGUCGCGUCGGUUUGCGUGCACAACGUGACAUGAAAUCCGGUGAUCGGUAAUCUGUCGUCGCGCAAGAGGAAGGCAGGAAGGAGAAGAGGGAAACCGGGUGGUCAGACGCGUCGCGACGAGAUGGCCACGAUCACGAGCGCGACCUUCCCGCGGAUGCUCAAGGCGUUGCGGGAGAACGGCAAUGUCAAGGAGAAGCGCGAGGCUUUAACCUAUAUCUCCAGUCAAGCUAAAAAGUUAGAAGCAAGUGGUGCUAUUAAGGAAGAACAAUAUAAGAAUGUAUGCAAGCUGGUGAUAGAAUCGUUUUCGAAACAUGAAGGAAUCUUGCAGAAUGAGGCAUUAGGAGCAUUCAAUGCCAUUAUGCGGGAAUUUCAAGCGCAUCCUUUACACCUCUUUGAAUCAAUGCUACAAACAGAUAAGAAAACAAGAUUAAAGAUAUUUAAACUGUUGGAGGUAGUAGAUGAUAAUGCACUUUCUGCAGCUGCCAACGAUGGACAGACUUUAAAUUUUUUUAAGGCCUGUUUGAUCAAUGUCCAACCUAAUUUAAUGGAAUGGUUAACAUCAACAGCAUGUGUAGAUAACUUACAGAUGUUAACAAAGAUCGAAUCGCAGCCUUUGUCAGAGGAGCAAAAGCUAGAAGAAGAUAUAAACAGUUAUGCGCUUGCUCUUUUGAGAAGAUUAUACAGACUGGCUUCUAUAACAUUUGAUCAAAGUGUUCAAAAGUUUGACACAUUAUUGAUGGAUAAAGUCGUCAUGUUGGCCUAUAUGGGACACAAGCGUCAGCGUAGUCCUGCUUUGAAAGUUUUGCAACAAGCUAUUGCGACUAAUUCUUCGUCCCAUAUUCGUAAAGAUUAUCCUGACAUAUGGACACAAUAUAAAACAAAUUUACAAUCUAUAUACUACAAACGCAUGUUGUUGUUGGUAGCAGCAUGUGAUCUGGAUUGGACUACUCAAUGGAAUACAACUAUUCAGUUCCUUGGCACAGAUCUUCAUCGCGGUGCCAGUCUUAUAAAUAAUUUGUUAAGUGUUGAAGAGAAGGCCUUUAAAUCUACUGAUCCUAUUAUACGCAGACAAGCUUUCCUUUCGUGGAAAUUGCUAAUUGACAAUUUUGCUUUAGAUCAUCAAGAACUUGCUACUGCUAGAAGAAUAAAAUUACUUUGUAUUCCAUUAAAUGCCAAAAACAGUAAAACUGAAUUAAUCGCAUUGACAAAACUAGAAGUUUGGUGGCAUUUAAUUAUUAAAUUAUAUAAAGAUAUUGCAAAAUUUGUUUCUCCUGUUAUUACACAAUUUUUAAACUAUUGUUUUGGACCACUUGGAGAUACACCACUGCUGUCUUCCAAGUUCGACGUUGUUGCCUCUCCAGGCAAAAGAUUUUUUAAGACAAAAGUGGUUGCUGUAGAUGCCCUAUGUCAAUUAAUUGUCACAAAAGAAGAUCUUUUUACAGUUUGUUCUCCAAGUUUGUUAGAAGAAAGACUUCCUCAUGCUAUAUCUUAUGAUGUGUUUCAAGAAUGCUCGAAAAAUAUUAUUCAUAGUAUAGCAGAGGCUCUUCUAAUUCUUGGUCAACUUACUGACAAAGAAAUGAAAAAUCGCUUUCAGCUUGGCCAAACAUUGUGGACAAGUCUGAUGAUAUACAUAAAGAAUGUUAAACUCGAAACAAAGGACCAUCUGUAUAGAGAUGUGAUACUAGUUGUAACUGAAUUGGGAAAUCAUAUAGAUAAGCUCAUGGUGAGGGAUAUGAUAUUUAAUGUAAUUUUGCCAGACAUUAAUUGCAUUCUUGAAAAAACUGAAUUUCAUGAUAAUGCAUUACCAGAAUUGGUAUUAAAACUUUUAACAUCGCCAAUACUCGACGAAGUAUUAAAAUAUAUCUUGGAUUACAACAGUAAUACAAUUAAGUGCCUUUUGGAACGAUGUGUUAGUUCAGAAUUUACAUAUUCUUUAGGUGUGCUUGGAUUUCUAGAAACAAUAAUGGAAAAUAUAAAAUCAGUAUUUAAUACACGUAACGACAUGAGUAAUAAUGAACUAGCUUAUUUGGAAUUAUGGUCCAUAAUAGCAGAAACGUUGACAAAAUACAUAAGAAAUUCUGAAGUUAAUGGAGAAGAUAACUUUAAAUCUAUGAAAUCAAUUUUGUCAUUUCCAUUUUAUACGUGUUUGGAAGAUCUAGAGUUGAUAAAAAAUCAAAUAGUAGUAUGGAAAGCUGUGUACAAAGAAGUCGAAUUGCACUCGGAUUUGAUAAGUACAGUGAGACCAAAUGAAAUUGUACUGGAUAUCGCAAGCAUGAUGCUAAAUUGUUUAAACACAAACAAAAAAUGCUGUACUUUCGUUGUAAAUUGCUUAGAUGCUUUAAUGAGUACUCUUGAUUAUGAGGCCUUGUUGGCUCAAGAUGAAAUUCCAUCCAUUAUGCAACUAAUAUUAGACGUUAUAAUAAUCUCUUUGGAUAAUGUACAAAAUCUUAAUUCUGAAGUAGCACUGAGAACAUUAUCGGCUAUACUUAUUACUAUAUAUGGACAUAAUCCGCAAAAAGUAGUAUUAUAUCUGCAUAAAUGUAAAUCAGUGAUCGAACUUAUACUUAAAUUACAGUCAAUGGAACUUUUUAAAGAGAUUGCAAAUACAUGGGAAUAUAUAGUCAGUAUUUUCAAAGGACUUAAACAAUCAGAUCAUGAACUCUUUUCAUCAUACAAAGAAGCAAUUGUAAUAGCCAUGAAUCAUGCUAAUCCAGAUAUAAAAUCUCUGACUCAGUCUAUUUUUGAAAUUAAAGACAGCUUCAACAGUACCGCUAAGUGCAUUUUAGAUGAAAUAGAAAAAUCAAGAGAAAAAUCUCAUCCAAAGUUUGAUAGCAUUUCAAAGAAAAAGAUAGAAACAGAACAAACAAAAGAAGUGCGUAUUGCUGGCAGUUUUUUGAAUAAAAAAUCAAUUACUCCAAAAUCAGUGUCCAGUAAACCUCCUGAAAAAAAUGACAAUAAGUUUAUACCUGAAUCUGAUUCACAAGAUUAUGUAUUCAUAAAAACUGAUCUGAAAUUUGACGUUAAUCGUUUGACCGAACAUCAAAAAGAAACUUUGAAGAAGAAAAGAGAAGAUAUACCGGCAUUAUAUAACGAUCUUUCUCAAUCAUCCUCGCAAAACUCUCAAAAUUUACAACAAUGGUUUGAUAUUAAAGCCAAACAUAUUAACGAAAUAGAUAAGGUCAACUCAAUUAAAAAAAGCGAGUCUGCAAUACAGAAACCUGUUGAUAACGAUGCUAACAAAGAAAACAAGGUCACGAUUGAAACACAAAUGGAAUUUUCUAAUACGAUAGACAAAACAGUUGAUAAUAUCCGUGAUAAUGAAUUAGAAAAUGUUGUAAAUCUUGAAGAGACUACCGUUAAUACUAAGCAAAACGAAAAUUCUAUGAAAAAAAUUAAAAAGGACGAGCCUAACGAAAAGCAGGAUACAUCAAAAGAAGAUGAAGAAACAGAUGCUAUAAAAACAAUAUCUUCUGUUGCGAAAAGAUUAGAUUUUGAAUCACGGGAGGAAUUUCCCGAAGAUAAAAUGCAUGAGCGACAAUCAUCUCCGUCGAUGUUAGAUAGUAUUAAACGACGACAUCGCAAUAGUGUGACAAAAGGGACUUCAUCGUCAAAGAGCGACGAGAUUGUUGAAAGUCAAAAAGAUUCAAAUACAACAAAUGUACAAAGAAGUUUGAGAGUGAAGACUACUCAGGGCAAACCUGGUACAAAUAAACAGAAAUUACAUGAUGAUAUUAAUAUUAAGGAAAAGUCUGACGAAAAUAAAAGAAGCGUUAAACGUAAGUACAUGUCAGAUACUGAAUCAGAUGGAGGCAUUCAACAUCGAAAACGCAAAUUAAUUACUACUACUACUACUACUACUACUACUACUACUACUACUACUAAGAGUCUUAAUGAUUAUGGUGGUGAAACAUCACGAAGCAGUGACAAUGUCUUCCCAGACAUAGACAAAGAUAAUGUAAGUCAACGUAUGAAGAAUGAAAUAUCUCGGUUGAAAAUCAAUAUGGUAUUUGACUGUCCUGUGCUAAAUCGCCGUCGAAUUAAACACUCGGAUGAAGGAGAAAAAGAAACAGUAGUACAUAGUUUAAGAAAACAUGGGACACCGGACAAUAAGAAUCUUAAAUUGAGAACUAUGGAUUCAAAAUCUAUAGAAGGAUUAAAGAGAUCUCCUAAAACACAAGAGAAAAAUACGAAUAUGAAAGAUGCAAAAGAUAUAGAUGAUACAGAUCAAGUAGUAUUAAAGAGACGAGGUAGAAGAAGCAAACAAGAAUUAAUUAAUAAAAAUGACUUGGAUGUUAAUAAGAAUGAUAAUAAAAAUAAUAACGACAUUAAUAAAGAUAAAAAUAUUAAAAAUUCCAAUGAUACUAUUAACAAGGCAUCUGAAUUGAGAAAUGCUGAUACAGGUAUAACAGGUAUAACAAAUGUCGUUCCAACAUCUAAUCAAAUGCAAGAUGAAAUUAAAAAAACCCAAGAUGAAAAACUUGAUAAAGAUAAUUCAAACUCUAUUUCAGAUGAAAAACCUGCAGAGCUUAUAGAAAUAAACGAACAAAGUCAGAAUGAAAGUGAGGAUGUUGUCGAAAGUUCGCAAAUUUCUAAUAUCGACUUAAAACUAGAUAAAAUGUGUAGUGAGAAACAGUGCUUCAUUAAAAUUGAUAAAAUGACAAACGUACAAGCUGGUAAAACUUCCGAUGCAAUUGUUGACAAAGAUUAUGUACCUGAAUCUAUCCCUAUGGAUUGUGGUGAUAAUGUCGUACCUGAUCCAUGUAAAGAAUUAGAUGAAGCUAAUCCCAUGAGUAAUACAGAAACAAAAAAUGAAGGAAAUACAGAUAGUAUAGAUAAAGACGCUGAGGACUUGGUUCAGAAAACUGAUAAUUUUACUACGAAAAUUAUAAAUUCAGAAGGUCAGAAGACAAUGGAGAACUCGCCAUCUAUGAUGAGAUCUACGAGUGUAAUAAAUUUUUCGCCAAAAAGCAAUAAAAUAUUUUCUAAGUCUAAACCUUUCACGGGACGUGCUGCUCAUAUGUUAGGUUUAGUCACAAGUCAAGUACGACUCGAAAGUGAUAAUCAGCCUAUUAUAUUAGAUGAUGAAUCGUGCAUAAAAAGAUUAAAAACCAAGGACACGGAGAAUGAAACAAAUAAGAAAACAUCAAUGAUCAAAGAAAUAGAUAAAAUAGGCGGGCCUUCUGGCAGCAGGCAAGAAAAGAUUUUCAGCAACAUGAGAUCGACUGAUUAUUGUGUAUCUUCAUCGACACAUACAUUUACCACUUUGAAAAAUGAUGGCGAAAAGCUUUCGUUUAAGUCGGAUAGGAACACAUCAGAUUAUUUGUCAAUGGAAAAAUCAAUUGACAAAGAAAAUGAAAGGAAUAUUUCACCAUCGCAUGAAAAGGACAAUUUACCGAUAUUGGAAUGGUCAAGUGCUAACCCACCUUCUUUAACUGCAUCCCCGAGUGCUAGUAUUCUUAAACGUCAUCGAUCGAAUAUAUUAGAAUCAGAUCUAGAUACUUCAACUCCGAAGCGAAAGCGAGUGAGUUUUGCAGAUCCACCGGUGUCAAAAGAGAUGGGUUAUGAGAUUUCUACUGUGGAAUCUCCGCAAAAAACGAACAAAUAUUCCAUAGCACGUAAUCUCACGCCGAAGAGUUCUCCACUUAGGUUCAAGCAAACCAAACUUAAACUUGUGCCACUCGAUACGGAGAAAUUUACAAUUGAAUGUAAUACUGAAUGUAAUACUGAAAAUGAAAGCGGUACUGAAGUUGUUAUGGAAACUGAGAAUAAGAAUGAAUUAUUGACAAAAAUUUCUGAAACAGAUCAGGGAGAUAUGAAUAUCGAUGAGCAAUUACCUGCUGAUUUUACAGAAAGUAGCAAUGUUAUUGAUGUGAAUUCCAGUAUGAAGAUUGAUAUUAUUGAUGAAUUAGAAUUAGCGCAAGAAAUUGAAAUAAUCACGGAGUCUACUGUUCCCGAAGAUCAACAGUCUUUAUCUUCUGAAGAUUCUUCUAGUACUUCGCCAAUAAACGACGGAACGGAAGAUUCUGCAACGCAGCAAGACAUCUUCGAUGGGACGGAUAUGAAGACUAAUGUUGCGCUAGUUGAGAUAAAUAAUGAUGUUAAUAUGGAUAUUCAGAAUAAUUCGGUAGAUUCUAUUAAAUUGAACGUGACCGAUGAUUCUGUAAUUGCGGCUUUACCUACCAAAGACGAAGAUCCGAUUGAUAUGGAGGAUACUAUAGAUGUUCAGAAUAUUACUGGAUUAAAUUCUACUAUAAAUACAGACGAGGUAUUUGCUGGAAAGUUGGUACGCACCAGUACACAAGCGACAGAAAACGUAACAGAGCAAGAUACCUUGCCGGUAACGGACUCCAUAUUUGCGAGUAUAUCUUCGACACAGGAUACUCAGAAACAGGAGGCUCCAAAUGACGCAGAGCUUGAUCCCGAAUUUUUGGAUUCGACGCAGCCUAUUUAUCCAACGUUGUCGUCGUGCAUGGAACCUAUUGACGCUAUCAUUGAACAAUUGACUUAUCCACUUUGGAAACAUAAUUUAAAUAAGUAUUUUACGAAUAGAAGUAUGCGCACGAUUGGUGAUCUUGCCCAGCUGACAGAACGCGAAAUUAACAGAAUGCCCGUGAAGGGUGAUUCAAAGACUAAAUUUGUCAAGAAGGUGUUAAAGCAUUUCGAAAGUACAUGCAUACCGCAAACGGAACCCUCUGAUAAAAUGUCAAAUACCGAGAUGGCGCAAUUGCCCACUAAGACGACAACUGAAUCGCCAACUGUACCAAACGCAGCGAUAUCUGACAUAGAAACGGAACCUGCAACAAUUAACAACGAAUCCUUAAGUUGCAGUACGCCAAUUACCGAAUCCGUCGAAAAUAUCUCCGAUGAUUCGCUAAGAAAAGACUUGCCUAUAGAAGAUCCUGACAAAACAAUCUCGGUUACCAGUGACAUAAAUACGUCAUCUGAACAUUCUGAUUUGUUAUCCUUAGACACUUCUAUGAAGGAUGAACAAACAAAUAUAAAGGUACCAAUUACCGUUCAAAUUUCAGAGCCUGAAGCAUUUACAGAUAAUGUUGAACCUGCGCCAAUCCCAUCAUCGCCAUCCGAAAACAUAGCAACUACGAAUCCAACAAUACUGUCUUCAUCUACCAGCCAAGUGGACACGUCAAAAAAUCUUGCCGAAUCUUCAAAUGUUUAUGAUGAGCUUCUGAUCACGCACUCUUCUAUUGGCACCAAUACUGACGAAAUCGAUUCCUCGACGCCAACUACUCAAAAGGUUACGAAAUCUGUUGAGUCUCAAAUGGCACUUGCAGAUUUGUUAGACGAAAUUGACGUAAACCUCGUGUUGGAAAGCGCAGUUAGAAGAUGCAGUCCCGAAGCAAUUCUUUUACAAUAUAAGGUAAAGAUGGCACAUUUGAAGGAGGGAGAAUUGCUGAAGGAAACGAUCAGAAUGCUCGGUUUGCAAAAUAAACAGCAAGUUAAUGACGCGUCGUUAAAAGCAGCCUGCCGUGCGUGCGGCGUUAACAAGGUUCUUCUUAGAUUACCUGACAUUUUUAGCCAUGACAAACAAUUUUUCGAUAAGGUUCUCAAGGUGUACAGUAAAAAGCUUAAUACGGUCGACAUGUUGAAUGUUUUCGAUUUUAGUCAAUUGAAAAAUGCGAUCUGUCAAAAAUGUACAUCGUCCGAAAUUGUUGAGAUACUGUCACAGAAGCUAAAGCAGGAAGAGCAAGAAGGUAUUAAACAAUCUAUGCCGGAAUUAUCUAGUUUAAAUGCUAUGUUGCAAAGAUUGCCAAUGGAUGUAAUUAUUAGUCACACUGUAGCAAAUGAAGAGCUUAUUCCGGCAUCGGUAGUUCUCGAUAUUGCUUUACAGAACAACAGCUCAGGAGAUAUAGCACAAGCAUUAAAGCAGUCCCCCGUAAUGGCUAGACGUGUUUUAGACAAAUUGUGGACAUCCCAAUUUACGGUUACACAUAUCGAAAAUGACGACGUAUCCAAAGAGAGUUUGCUCAAUAUUUUCAAAAGUGUAUGUUCCAAAUUGACUGUGCAAGAAUUGUUAGACGCGUAUCACGAGGCUAUGACAAACAAGCUUGACGACGUAAAGAAUGUGAAGGAUGUAAAAGACGAGAAAAAGUAAAUCGGAAUCGACAGUUCCAAUAUUGCAACUUUUGUACACAAAUGACACUUUUCUUUAAAGGAAUGACUGUUUCAAGUGACGUAUUUUUGAAAUAUGUUCAAUUAUAAGUUAUUUCAUGGAUUAUGUUAUUUGGAAUAACUUUUUAAAUUAGUAAAAGUGUUAAAUUGAUUAGCGGUGAGCAUAAGAUAUCUCUUCAUUGAUAAUGCGAGAAUUAAGAAUAGUUAUUUUUUAAUCAAUUGCGCUAUACUGUAAUACAACUUGUAUAUAUAUUUACAUAUUGAAAGGUUAUCCGUUACUUUAGUUAGAUAAGGAGAGAAAAGAAGAUCUGCUUAAAGUAUUCUGAAGUAAAUGUAAUAAACGAAAGGAUUUUUGGACUUCUAUA